CGCAGUGUCCCGCAAUUUGACAGCAGAUGGCAGCAGAGGUCUGUCAGUGAUUACUCCAAAUAAUCUUUAGCCAGACUACACCAAACCAAUAAUUAUUCGUGGAAAGUUACUUUAUACAUAAUAUAUAUAAGAAGAUCUGAUUCUAAACUCUUACAGAGCAACCAAUUCAUAAAAUGUCCUUGUGUUAUUAUAUGAAAGUCACCGCUAUAGUGCAUAAGAUGCACGGACAAAUUCACUUACAAAUAGAAUUAAAUGAUUUCCUUUAAAACGAUUAAUUUGUACAAACUAUUGUUGGACAUGAAACGCAUGAUGAAUUACAACUGAUGGUUUAUUUGAUCUCUAAAAACAGAAGCGAGUGUGCAUCUAAACGAUCAAACACAGACGCAUCACCCUGCGCCAAAAAGGACAGUGCCAUCUGCUCCACACAUUAUUAUUUCAGACAUAUAAGUCAACUGCGCACAGUGAACUAACGUGAAGAUUAAUGCAGACUAAUUGCGACAAAAGUAAAUCUAUCUAGCUCUGAUGAACACAAACGGUGUUACUUGACGCAUCUGGAACGGAUUGGGCCGGAAGUUACCAAGGGGCAUUAAUUAGUGAUGGGGUGGUACCCCUUAUAAAAAGACGACGCGCCCACUGAUCUGCUCCAUCUUCAUACAAGCCAGGAUGAGCUACGGAUCAGAUGUCUAUUCCUCCUCCUCCUACAGGAGAAUUUUCGGGGAGUCUCCCCGUUAUGCGUCCUCUCCUUCGAGGACAUCGAUGAAUGUAUCAUCACGGGGAAGUUAUCGGUCGUCCUCUCUAUCCCGGGGCAACAUUUCAUCCCUGGGCUCGUACAGCAGAAAGUCCGGCCGCUCCUUCACGCCAAUGCCACUGGAGACAUUCGACCUGACACAAAGCAGCGUCCUCAACAAUGAGUUCAAAAUCAUCCGCACCAAUGAAAAGGAGCAAAUGCAAGGUCUUAAUGACCGCUUUGCUAUGUUUAUCGAGAAAGUGCGCAACUUGGAGCAGCACAACAAAGUGCUGGAGACGGAGCUGAUUGCUCUGCGCCAGCGGCAGAGCGAGCCGUCCCGCCUGGCUGAGCUUUACCAACAGGAGAUCCGCGAACUGCGCUCCCAGCUCGAUGAACUGAACGGGGAGAAGUCCCAGCUGGUGAUCGAGAGGGAUAAUAUUGAAGACGAACUGCAGAAAAUCAGAGCAAAAUAUGAAGAGGAGUUCCGUGCUCGGGAGGAGGCUGAGGCCACCCUCAAGGCAUUUAAGAAAGAUGUGGAUGACGCCACCAUGGUGCGCCUGGACCUGGAGAAGAAGGUGGAAUCUCUUCUGGACGAGAUCAACUUCCUGAGAAAGGUGCACGAAGAAGAGGUGGCUGAGCUGACGGACAUGAUCCAAGCAGCCCAGGUGUCUGUGGAAAUGGAGGUGUCCAAGCCGGAUCUCACCUCCGCCCUCAAAGAGAUUCGCAGCCAGUACGAGUCUAUGGCGUCCAAGAACUUGCAGUCCGCCGAGGAGUGGUACAAGAACAAGUUUGUGGAUCUUUCCGAGCAGGCCAACCGAAGCAACGAGGUCAUCCGCGCCAGCAGGGAAGAGUUGAACGAGUUCAGGAGGCAGCUGCAGUCCAGGACCAUCGAAAUAGAGAGUCUGAGGGGAACCAACGAGUCUCUGGAAAAGCAGCUCCGGGAGAUGGAGGACAGGCACAAUGUGGAGAUCGGAAACUACCAGGAUAGCAUGGCAGAGCUGGAGAAUGAUCUGAGGACAACCAAGAGUGAGAUGGCUCGUCACUUGAGGGAGUACCAGGAUCUGCUGAAUGUCAAGAUGGCACUGGAUAUUGAAAUAGCAGCUUACAGGAAACUACUGGAAGGAGAGGAGACCCGCAUUGGAACAGGCAUCACCUAUCCUAGCCCCUCCUUAAGCACCAGUGCUGGGCAAAGCUACAACUACCAGACCCGCAUCUAUACCAGCUCUGGUAAGAGCUACAAGAAGGAGAGCAAGGAUGAAGACCAGCAGCAGCAGAGCAAGUCUGGGGGCAAGGUGUCCCACCGUGAAGCUUUUGAGGAAACAAAUGUCACCGCUAAGAAGGUGGAGAAGCAGCAAGAGUCCAGCGAUAUUCCCACCGAUCCGAAAAACUAAGAGCCUAGUGUAAGCCUGUUCUCAACCCCUAAAGUCUCCCUUGAUCCUGUAGUUCCUCUCCUCUUUUCAGCUCCCAUCCUAAAGCAAACCUUGAGCCUUUAUUCUUGAAGCUGUUGUGGGGAUUCAAGAUGCUAACCCUGCUUUGCCUUCCUAUUAGUACAAAUGUCAAGUUUUCUAACAUCUGAAAUGCAGGUUCAGAGGUUUGUUUUAUGUUGGUUUAUUCUUCCUUGUACCCUUUGCCCUCUCCCCCACACCUGUGUUUCUCAAAGGCAAUCCAUUAUAACUCUGCUAUAACCAUCACUCUAAACCACUCUUUCUCUUUCACAAACUCAACAUCAGGCAACAAUAAGCACCUGGAUAGCAUCUCUUGCAAACGUGUGAUCGUUCAAGCCUUCAUUUUCAACUGAUCUUUCUCACUAAUCAAUAUGUAGAACUGCCACACCUAGAGAAUAACUCUGGUCAUGCAUUUCUACCACAAGUUGCGGGGUAAUUACAUCCACAUACACAAUACAGUUAAAAAGAUUCUGGACAGUUUCCAAGGAAAGCACACAUUCUACAAACCAGCCACAAUACACAGUGCCACAUGACAGUGUCUUACUGAGCCACCAUUUUAAAUCCUAGGCAUUAAAAAUAGAGUUUCUAAACAAAAUGUCUGCUUAAAUCUCUUCUUGCACGAUAGUUCUAGUCACAUUUGAUGCACCAGUGGUUUGACUGUAGUUCGGUCAGCUCUGCAUGACAACAGUAUAAAAGAGGAUGAACAUCCACAGUCGAGCACUGGCCCUUUUUAACUUCCAAGUGAAGUUUGAUGAACAAACCUGGAUUACUGUAGCUUUUUAAAUGACAUCAUACUUGAAGCAAACAAGGAAACAAAUGUAUUACUGAAGCAUCAUUUGCAUGGUGUAUGUAGACAUCAUCUUUGCAUGGAAUCCAUCAGCUCAUCGUUCAGUUCAAGGGUCAGCCAAUGCCUUCCUUUUCAUGCUGACUAUCACCAUGUACAUUCAUUGAUAAGUGUAAGAGAAAUGUGCUUGUUAGCUAGCAGGCUGGAUUUGAAACUCUCUGCUGUUGAUGCUGUGAAGAAAAUGAGCAACUUCCUCUUUAGGAAUGGAAACUAUGCUAGUAAUGAUGAACAGUACAAUAAAUGCAGUUAAUUUAAAAAGAAAGAAGAAGAGUUUUCUCUUGGUUCAGUCCAGUCAAUUAGAGACUGAGUUGUACAUUAUGCUCUAGCGAAAAGGCACGAGAUUCUAUAUGAUCCAUGUGGGUAUGAUGAACUGUAUGCAUAUUUAACUCAAUUUCCCAAGUGUCAUUGAUGACGUUUGAAGCACAUUUAAGCCCCAGAAUUCAUUUCAUAUCAAAACUCAAAAUAAACAAUCACAAGUUGAGUCACAACCUGGCAGGCCACAGUGUGCACAACCAGACCCCUCUUUUUUUAACUGUGGCCAUGACUGGAUAAAAUGUCUGUUGUAGUAUGACUUCACCACUACAGAUCCUUCAGUAUGAGAGGCUUGUAUGUUGUGUUCCUGCUUGCGCACUGCCAACGUUAGCACUAUCUUAUUCUCUUGCUGCUAGUUAUUAUAUGCCAAUCCUGACAAAAUGCACUCAGACUAAGAAUGAAAACUGUGUUCCUGUUGUUCUACCUGAGACCUGAUAGGUAUGUUAGUACUGUAGUAACUGUGCUUGUAUCUCUACACAGUGGCCUAUUGUAGCCAGAAUGAUUUGGGGCAGCGACACUGAAAGCUGCACAUUUUGUUAUGGAUGACUGAAUUCCAGUGUCAGUCAGAGGCAAAGCAUUUUAUAGUUUUUGACUAUAACAGUGGAUGAAUGGUUCAUGGUUGCAAAUGUCAAACUUUUAUCUUUACACUGUAAGCCAAAAGAGUUUAAAAAGCCACGAAUAGUUCUAUAGCACUGCCAGACUUUUCUAAUAGCACCUCACAUCAACAGUCCAAAACCACCAAUCAAGAUUUAGCCGUUGAACAAAUCCUGUAGGAUGUAACAUGCCUUAAAAUACCAGCAGCGUUGUUUUCUGGCCAUGUGUGUGAUGUGUCUGUUCAGUGGGGUGUGUAAUCUCUGUAUUAGCAUUUAUCAAAAGCUACCAUAA